UGGAGCGGGGCUGGAACAGGGCUGGAACGGGGCUGGGACGGGGCUCCGGAGGGGCUGAGGGCAGCAGGAGGCUCCUGAGGGGCUGGGGUGGCUGUGGGGUGUCAGUCGCCGGGACACCCCCAUUCCCAGCGGCCGAUCCCCUUCUGUCCCGCAGGCCAUGAGCGGCGCCGGGGGCUCGGAGCGGCCGGAGCCGCGGCCGGAGGAGCGGCCGGAGCCGCGGCCGGAGCAGAGGUCGGAGCCGCGGCCGGAGCAGCCCCGCGUUGUCCCCCCGAUUCCAGCCCUGGGGCAGGGAGGUGUCCUGCAGGAGCUGAUGCUCGGAGCGGGGCAGCCCCCAGACGCUGGGAUCAGCGAGGAGCAGCGCCAGGCCCGGGAGGAGUGGGAGGCUCUGGAGGAGAUCCAGUCAGGGUUGGGGGGCAGCUCAGGCGCGGCCCCCCCUCCGAUUUCCUUCAGCGAGGCGCUGCAGCACUUCCAGAGCGCGGAGCUCCCCUGCCCCCGGGGGAAGCUCCGGGCUCCGCGGCGCCGCGGGAUCCUGGCCGCCCUGCUCCGCCGCCUCUGCGGGCCCCCCCGGCUGCGCCCGCAGCUCCGCGGGGAGCGGGAGCUGGCGCUGGCCAUGGCGCAGUGUGCCCUGGAUGACUCGGAGCGGGUGCACAUGCGCAUCCUGCAGACCAUCUACCGGCAGCUGACGCGCUCCAGGCUGGGCUGCCCGCGCUACGGGGCACACUGGGAGGAGCUGGGCUUCCAGGGUGCAGACCCCGGGACUGACCUGCGUGGGACGGGAAUGCUGGGGCUGAUGCAGAUCCUGUUCUUUGUCCUGGAUUCCCGGACGCUGCCGCUGGCACGGGAGAUUUUCCAGCUCUCCCAGCAUGAAACCCAGAAUUUUCCCUUCUGCAUCAUGUCUGUGAACAUCACCCGGAUCGUGAUCCAGGCGCUGCAGGAGGAGCGGCUCUCCCGGGAGUGCAACCGGCGGCAGCAGGUGAUCGGGGUGCUCAACGACCUCUACGCCGCCGCCUUCCUGCGCCUCUCCCGCCUCUGGGAGCAGCAGCACGGCACCGUGGCCAACGCUGCCUUCUUCCUCAAGGAGCUGGAGUUAUCCACCAAAAAGAAGCCGAGGCAGCUGCUGAAAUCCCUGGAAGCCUACCUGAGCCGCAGCCUUCGGCCUCCCUCCCCUCCCUCCUCCUCCCAGAUCCAAUUCACCAGCAUCUGUGACCCUGGCGUGGAGCUGGAGGGAGAUUCCUGACCAGGCUGACAUGGAGGGAAUGCUGCACAGGGAAUUCUGCUGGUGGAUCAGCCCUUGGAGGGAGACACACCAGUGUUCCCCUGGUUAGGGGGCUCAGGAAAGGCUGGGAGAGGUCACAGAGCUGGGAUUUUGCCUGCUCCAGGUGGAACUUUCUGGAAGCAAAGGAGGAGGAGGUGGCAGAGCAGGGGAUUCCGUGAGCCACCCAGCCUGGUGCUGGGACAGUCGCUCUCCCCACCCCAAAUCCAGGGUCCCACCUGGGUCCUGACCCUCCCCAGGUGGAGCAGGAAGGUGGUGCUGGGCUCCUGGAUCCCAUCCUGGCCCCAGCAGGGCCUGCAAUGGGCAUCCCCCCACUCUGGGGGGCUGUGUCACACCCCCCAGGGCCAUGUGGGCUGUCAGCACCCAAAAAAGUUAUUAAAGGGGGGAGACAAGGGGUCUGGUGGGAAAGGGGUUUGGAUUUGUCACUGGGGGUGCCCAGAGUCCACUUUGGGGUGAAAAAGGUGCUGUGGAGUUGAGAAAUGAGGGUUGAGAGCUCCAGGGAGGAGGGCAAGGGUUAUUCCCUCUGGAAGCUCAGGGCCAGUGCUUGGGAGUGUCCCCAGGCCCCCAAAAAUGGGGAAAAUCAGCCCCCAAAGCCCAAAUCUGGAGAGAAAUGAGGGGUUUGGAGGAGUGGGAGCUGGGGGAGAAUGAACAUUGUGGCCCCAGCCCCCCUGAGAGGACAGUGAUUCCUGGGGGCUGGGAAUGCUCCUGGAUUGAAAAAAUAAAAUAAAAUAAAUGGAGAAAAAGGAGCCUGGA